AUGAUGGACGUUAGAUUUUGCGCGAAAUUAUCUUUCAUAUUUUGUUUCGUCGGUUUCGAGGUUUUCAUACUGCCAUCGAUUAAUCUGCACAGCGGUGCGGACGAUUACUCGGUCAGUUUCACGGUCCUGUUCACCAUCUCCUUCGUCCUCAACUACGUUACCUACCAGGAAUCCUUCACCGUCCAACCGAUCGCCAUGAUUCUCUCCAUCUCCUUCCUCAUUGCCACAGCCCUGUACAUGUUCAUCAUCUUCCUGAUAGAGUGCAACAUCAACUUCUCGAACAGGCCCUACUCCUUCGUCUACCUGCUGUCAUCUUCGCUGCUGGCUGUCCUCUCAACCAUCUUCAAAAUCAUUCAAUUCGUUCAUUGA